ACACAUUCUUUUGUGUAUUUCCCAAGAUGGUGCUCCAUAAGGAAUCCGAGAGCUUUGGUGCUGUGAACAAUGGACAUCAAAUAUUUAUGUGGUAGCUCAUGCAUCAGCUGUUUGUGAACCAGAGCUAAAAACCUGAGAAAUUGUAAUCUAUUAUGGCCUGGUGAUCAUACAUCAAGAAAUGGAUCUUGCUCGUUGUUUGAAUUAGAAUAGAGUGAAAUUUUCUAUGCCUAAUUUCAAUAAGAAAAAAACAUUUUGAGCAAAGCUGGAGCUGGGAUUUUGCUCCAGUAACAAGGAAAAAUGGAGGGCAAUGAAAGCCUAGAAAGUUCCCCAAGUCAUAGCCUUCACCAGAAUGGUGAUGUUGGGAACAGUCGACAAAGGAAGUUACGAGUUGCUUUCUUGAAUGGGAACAUGCAAACAUACAGAGCAUUAAAUGAGGAUGAACCAGGAGGCCUGAUUAAUCGGAAGCUUCCUAAAGAGCUUCUCUUGAGGGUUUUCUCCUUUCUUGAUGUGGUGACGUUAUGCCGCUGUGCUCGAGUUUGCAAAUACUGGAAUCUGCUUGCUCUUGAUGGCUCCAAUUGGCAGAAAGUGGACCUCUUUGACUUCCAGACUGAUGUUGAGGGAGUAGUUGUGGUGAGGAUAGCAGAAAGGUGUGGAGGAUUCUUGAAGCAGCUAAGCCUUCGAGGCUGCCAGAGUGUCCAAGAUGAAGCCCUUGAGACCUUUGCCAAUACGUGCAACAAUAUUGAAGAUCUCAACCUCAAUCACUGCAAGAAGAUUACAAACAAAACAUGCGUGGCUUUGAGCAAGGGUUGCCCCAAGCUUCAACGACUUGGUUUGGACUCAUGCCUCAUGGUGACUGACGAAGGACUGAAAGCUCUUGCUGAUGGUUGCAAGAACCUUAUGCAGCUCAAUAUAUCGUGGUGCAUUGCCAUCUCAGAGAAUGGGAUCGAGGCCCUUGCUCGAGGAUGCCGGCGACUCACACACUUCACGGCCAAGGGAUUAGAAUUCCUCACUGACAAUUCAGUCUCUGUUCUUGCCAAACACUGUCCUCUUCUCGAAGUCAUCGACCUACACUCCUGUUCUAAUCUGAGUGAUCGUGCAGUGCAGGCACUUGGGGAACACUGUGGAAAUCUGAGGCGCAUCUGUGUGUCAGGUUGUCUGCAUCUCACAGACGUAUCUCUUGUGUCUAUUGGUCAAGGUUGCCCCUACCUUUCCACAUUGGAAGUGGCAGACUGCAAACAGUUCACUGAUGCUGGGUUCCAGGCUCUUGCCCGAAGUUGUCACUUGUUGGAGAACUUGGACCUGGAAGAUUGCAACCUGAUCACGGAUGCCACUCUGCAUCACUUGGCCCUUGGUUGUCCUAGAUUGGAGAAACUCAGUUUGUCCCACUGUCGCAAGAUCACUGAUGAUGGAAUCCGAGCUCUGGGAUUAGCUCCGUGCUCUGCCGAGCAUCUGGUUGUCCUUGAAUUAGACAAUUGUCUCGCCCUCACAGAUUCCAGCCUUGAGCAUUUGCUUCAGUGCCACAAUCUUCAGCGCAUCGACCUUUAUGACUGUCCCUUCAUCACUGCCCAGGGCAUUCAACGCCUCAAGGUACUUCACCUUCCAUUAGUACUCAAGGUUGGGUUUCAAAUUGACAGGUUGUGACUGAAAUCUCAAUGCUUCAAUUCCAGAAUCAUCUCCCGAGCAUCAAAGUGCAUGCAUAUUUUCCCCCGAUGACCCCCCCACCGACAGUGGGUGGGUCUAGGCAGAGAUACUGUCGAUGCUGUGUUCUCUUAUGAUCCGGUGUGUUUCUAUCUACUCAUAUGAAAAAGUUGCAUCUGGCAUCUGAGAGGUGCCAUGGUCAGAAACGAAAGUGGGUUGUCCUAAGGGGAUUGGGACAUACACAAACACUCAUCCUGUGAUACAAAGAAACGAGUGAGAAAUCACGACGAGUGAGAAAUCACCAACGCGUGCUUUGAUUGACUAGAUCAAGCGAUAUGACUGAUUGGUUGCAAUGGAUUGGAUUCUCUUCUAUUCUAUUUGCAUAUGCUCCAUGGAUUUCAAUGUCCUCAGAAUAUACCUGUCAAAUGGCUUGUGUAA